ACAGAGCAUUUAUAUACCGCGGUCAAAUGUCUGGGACGCUUAUUUUCUUGCGAAGAACGUCCAUUGCAUUAUCGUGUCGAGUACAACAACGGCUGUAUUUGGAUACAAGCUAUCUUCUCAUCACAUUCAAAUAAGUAAUAUACACUUGAACGAAAAUGGCAACGGCUAAACCAAACAAAAAGGCCGCGGCGGUGGCGAUUGACCUGCCAGAAUGUCCAGUGUGCAUGGAAACCAUGAGUGCACCGAUAUUCCAGUGCCAGUCGGGACAUAGCCUGUGCAACUCCUGCACGCAGAAUCUGAUGCCACCGAUAUGCCCCAUCUGCCGCCAAAACCUCACGCAAAUGAGGAACUGGCAGUUGGAAGAAAUCGUUGCUAAGGCAAAAGUACCGUGUCCUAAUAAAUCAGCGGGAUGUGUGUACACCAUGGUGUCUGUCGACAUGCAGGAGCAUCUCAAGGAAUGCAUCUUCCGAGAGAUGGAAUGCCCUCUCGGUGUCGUGUUUGGAAAAUGCUCCUGGACAGGUAAACUGAAGGACAUGAUGGAACACUUCAAGGAACGUCAUACUGCUCACUGCAGCGCCACCUCUGAUGAGGAGGUGGAACUUACCAACGUAGAUAUCAAAAAUGAUGACCGCCACUUCUUCCUCGUGGCCCAAACUAAGUUCUUGUUCAUCAUCACUGUGAAGAUCGACACUCUUCAGAACAUGGUGUAUUGGACUAUUCAGCACAUUGGCAGCAAGAAAGCAGCACAUGAUCAUAUUUACGAGAUACAUGUGUUGAGCAAGCAGAACCCUAGGCGGAAAGUCGUGUUCACAGAACAUUGCUUCAAUGAUGCCAUUAAGCCUGAAGAGAUUUUCCGUCAAGGAAAGUGUGCUGCUCUGCCUUUGGAAAUGUUGGUUCACUAUAUCAAGGAUAAAAAACUCUCGUUCAGGUUCUUUAUUAAAAGAAUCCCACCAGCGCCUAAACCUAAUAAGAAUGAGAAAGGUGAUGACAACAAACCUGCACCUAAAGGUCCCGGACCAAAACCUAAAAAUCCAAAUCAGGAUUCUAAGCCUAAGCCAAAUGGGGCUGGUCCCAGCGGAAAGGGUAACAAAAAUAAGGCUCAAGCGUAAUUUCAAGGAAUUGCGAAACUCCAA